AUGUCCACUGAUAUCGACCACGUCGCCAAUGCAUCGCUCGCCCACCGUGCAACGUAUUCGAGCUCGGAAAACGAGAAGGCGGGGUUGCAUGCUGCUGAACAUGAAGAUGCAAUCAUCGAGCUCAUGGAUGACCAUGAUGUGUCUACGCCCUUCCCCCUUGAUCCCGAUGCACCAGAAGAGACACACCAGCUUACUGUCCGUGCUGUCUUCGUUGGUUGCGUCCUAGGCGCCAUCGACCGGCUUUACGUUUGGUCCUCAACUGCCAUCUUUGGGUUCGCCAUCUUGAAACCUAUUUCGAAAGCUCUACCAGAAUCUGGCAUCCUUGGAUGGCUCUUCGGCGGCCCGUUCGGUCCCAAGGAGAACUGUACUGUUCAGAGUGCCGCUACUGCCGCCGGUGGUCUCGGUAUCUUGUUUGUUAGCGCUGUUCCGGCUAUGUACAGACUUCAUUUAUUUUCUGAGUUCCCGCAAGACGACAUAGGCAAAUUGAUCGCGCUGACUUGUACCGCAGGCUUCUUUGGUGUCUUUUUCGUCAUUCCUCUAAGGAGGUAUUACAUUAUUCACCAGAAGCUCACCUUCCCGACACCUGCUGCUACGGCAUAUACAAUUCGGUCUUUGCAUUUUGGAAAGAAGGGCGAGGAAGUUGCCAAGAAGAAAUCUUGGUCGCUCCUGAUUUCCUUUGCUAUAACCUUUGUGUUCAAGGUCAUGACCGGUUACGCGCCUGGUGUUAUUUACGAUUGGCAUAUCGGCUGGUCGCUUUCUCGAAUUGGAUAUACCAGCAUCAUUGGAUUGGAAAACUACGGCUGGAUCAUUGAAUUCACUCCUGCGUUCUUUGGUGCCGGCAUGCUGAGUGGUCUGAAUGCUAGUUGGAGUUUCUUGGGUGGAGCCGUUCUGGCUUGGGGAAUUAUCGCGCCUUCUCUCGUUUCUACUGGCCGUGCCGUGGGUGUUCAAAGUUAUCCGGACGAAUUUCCAGAAAUAUGGUCAUAUACCGCGAUGUCCUUCGACGAUGCUAGCAGAUACGUCAACUCGCCUUCUCCACGGUAUUGGCUGCUUUGGCCAGGCGUAUUAAUGAUGCUGGUGUACUCUUUUGCAGACGUCGUGAUGAGCUUGGUCCCGAUUUUUGCAAAAAUGAGAAAGACUGGGGUCUCUAUCAGUUUCAACGGACUCUUCACACGGCGGACCGAGAUUAGCGAAGAUGACGAGGACCAAACACCUCUGGAGCACAGAAUUCCACUUUCAUGGUGGACCACCGGUCUCUUUUUGAGUACUGUUAUGUCUUGUGCGAUUCUAGCCACGAUGUUCCACAUGAACGUGGGAGAGGCGAUCUUGGCACUUAUUCUAGGAUUUAUCUUCUCAUUCAUUGGUGUCCAAUCUUCCGGAGCGACUGACAUCAACCCAGUAUCGACCGUUGCCAAGGCAUCCCAACUUAUCUUCGGUGGUAUCGGAAAGGGCUCUGGCUUGGAACUGAAACCUGCAGAGACACUCAACCUUGCAGCUGGUGUCGUCUCCGCAGGCUCUGCGGCUCAAGCCUCCGACAUGACCGGUGACCUGAAGACUGGCUACCUUCUUGGUGCAAAGCCUCGAAACCAGUUCAUUGCCCAACUCUGUGGUUCCGUUGUUGCCAUAUUUUUGACCUCUGGUUUGUUCAUCCUCUUCACUAAAGCUACACCCUGUAUCCUUUAUCCCGAUGAAAACGGCGGUACCUGUACAUAUGGCGCCCCCUCUGUCUCCGCCUGGGCUGCGGUUGCCCUUGCUGUUGCCUCCCCGAAUUUGCCCAUUCCUCCUUCAUCCGGAUAUACAGCUAUCGCACUGAGCAUCUUCAGUGUGAUUUCAGUUGUCGUUAAGCAUCUAUGGAUUCCGAAGAAAUAUUGGAUAUAUGUUCCCAACUGGAACGCCGUCGGUCUUGCUUUUGUCACUCCUCAAGUGUACUACCCCAUUGCCAUGGCCGUCGGAUCCGUGUUCAACUACUACUGGCAGAAGCGCAAUCCCGCGGGGUAUGACAUGUACAUGUUUGCUAUUUCUGCUGGACUUCUUGCUGGAGAAGGCCUCGGUGGCGUAUUCCAGGCAUUAUUGGCGGUUAUUGGCGUUGACGGUGGCAGCGGCUAUGGAACUAUCAUCGGCUGUCCCGCAUUCGAAUUCUGCGGCUAA